UACACUCCUUACUGACUAAAGGUCGAAACGAAGACCAGAGAGAUAACUAGCGGUUUUUUGUGUAGCAUCCUGUUGAAAGCAUGGAAAGGAAAGCAACACUUGGCUCGGUGAAUGAUAUGAGUGUGUUUAAGGAAUUAGUCUGCAGUUAAAAGUAGUCAGAUCAGCACAAGGGGAGAAGUUAGCUGACAUUUAAGGACAAACUCUCAUGCAAGUGUCUGUUGAAGUCAGCCAUCACCUCUGAGCUGUGACAAAGCGGUCAAGGACAUGGCCGGGUCAUCGGCACUCGUCGAGUGUCUUUUGGUCUUAGUCUUAGCAAAUGCUCUACGUUGCCAUUACAUCGCAGCAGCCUCCACAGAAAUAAGCUGCCAACCUGUCAUUAUUAACGAAGCUCACUUCGCUCAGCCAUCUGCAGACAUGUGUGAAGGAACAUGUACUGGGACCAAGUUCUGUGUUCAGACAUCAAGUGAACAUGAACACAGCAACACCAGUGCCAUGUGCAGAGACAGACAGUUGACCUCACAGGAAGUCUUCCUCGUCUACCAUCACUGUCAAAGUUCAGUGUUGCCAUGUCGUCUGGAGGUCGUGCCGGGUCUGCUAGGUCCUGUCACGGUAAAGUACAGGUGCUUGGAAGACAGCAGACAGAUCGUGGACCCGUGUGAAGAAGGCAACUACAUCAUGACCUCCGUCAACUUCCUCUACGGCUACCACCGCGUCGUCAACACAGCCAGUGACGUCACAUGCUCGUGCUCACUCACUAAACGUAAUUACUCCAGUCACCUCCUUAUCAGGGCCGUCAGUGCCUACAGUCUACAGCAUGUGGAUAACACGCUUCCAGAAUUUAUUGUAGAGCACAAUAAUAAAAAGGAGCGUGUUAACAGCUUUUUCCCUCAGGAUUUUAUUAUCACUACCCCAACGACAAACAUCGUACUGACUCUCACCGUAUCCUCGGAUGACAGAAUUGGCAGGAUGUGGGUCAGCGUCUCUCAACAAGGUCAAGGUCUUGCAGUAAGAUGCCUAGCAGUGAGUGGAACAAUUCCAAUCCAGACACAAGCAGGUAAUUUUGAAAAAAACAACCUUUAGUGUUUUGCAUGUGAUGGUGUAUAAACACCCUGAAGCAUAGGCAGAGACGCAUACAUACAGACAAACAGACAGGCAGACACGUAGACAGACAGAAAGACAAAUAAUGAGAUGGAUGAACGGACGAGAGAAAAGUGGAUAUAUAACAUUUAUAUUUAUCUAUACAUGUAUAUCUAUAUAAAUGGACACACGAACACAACAAGAGAUGUGUGUGUUUUUUUAAUAGAGAAAGAAAGCUAAAAAAAUAUUACAAUUCUACUCAACCAAAUUGGCUAUAAACACACACAUAUAUAUAUAAGACAAGAAGUGUUCUCAUGAACUAAAGGUAUAUAAAAUUGCAGUACACUUGGAGAAUAACUUCAUGUCCAAGUUUCUCAUUAUAUAUAGGAUUAAAUUAUUAAUGUUCAGGAGUAUUUCAAACAAAUUAUAAUAAUAGUUAUAUUAUUUUAUAGUCAUAUAUCUUUAUAUUUAAUUCAAAUCAUAAAUGUGUAAUUUUAUAAAUUAUGUAUCUGAAGAUAUGCAUAAAAUUUGAAAAACUCUAUGAACUCGCUUAAAACUUGUAUAUUAAAAAUUUUCCCCUCAGUUCUACUAAAAAGGAAACCGAACUUUAACGCUUACGAUUUUUAUUUCACAAGUUUAUGAAUCGGGUAGCUGAGUAGUAAAAACAUUGGCGUCCUAACCCAGAGGCGCGCCAGCUAGAUACCCGUGUGGUUCAGCUAGUCCCUCCACCCCAAACCCACCCCAGUACAGCCAGCGGUGGGAAAUGGGUGCCUGACUCUAGAGAGUCCAAGGGAAGGUAAGGUGCGAGGAAGUGGACCUCAUGACAGCUUUCACAAGCUUUUUGUAUGAGCGGUACCCAAGGACAGUUCGGUCUCGAGCACCACCAACCUUUACAAUUUUCAUCCUUGAGAUCCAGCGGAAAUUAACCGCGAUCUUGCAUCUGCAAUUACAAAACAAAGAGACAGCAAGUUAUCGCUGUAACUUGCAGGGUUAUGUUAUCCGUCACGUGACCAGAUAUGGCCUCUACCUUCCGGUGUAAGCGAGCGCUACAUACCUCAUCGUUAAAGACAAGGACAUUGCAGGCUGAAGUUCGCGCUUCUUUGAGUUCUCUGUAACUCCAAAUAUAGUCCAUUUAAAUUUUACUUUAACUUUUUAAAAAAAAAUUAACAUAAAGAAGCUAUGGUCGGGUUCUAUCGAUAUUUCCGGUUCAAUAUUUGAAUAUUUAAACAGCCUCGCAUUUGGUUACCGUGAACGCAGGCACCUUUCAUCCGACUGUCAUGUAGAAUUAUAAUUGUUUGCUACGUACGCAAAGAAACUGAUUGCUCAGAAAAGUUUUUUUUUCCAUCCGAUGGAUCCGUCUUAUGCUUCAAGAUCCCACAGUCUGCUGACAGAGCUACGUUCCAUUUGUGCCAAUUGGUGAGAUAGCUUAUUUGUACAGGUACUAAGGGAUAAUUCUGAGAAUUAUCAAGAUUAUUUUACAUACUUUGAUUAACAUCACACAUACAAUUUGCUGCUUUUUUCUUUCCAUUUUUUAAAAUAUAUGCAAAGAAGUAGAUAAGUACUACGAGACUGAUUUUAUUAUAUUCAAAACAAGCAAAAUUAAUUAAAAUCUUAAAGAUUUGUUUUAGAGAAAGGAGCAUAAGGUUGAAAAGGAAAUUGUUCUUAAAAACAAUGUAAAUUAUUUGUUAUCCUUCUCAAUAAAUCUUUUAUUAGUCCUUUUCAGAGAAUUUUGUUUAGGGGAGGCAAUCAGCAAACAGCACCUUCUACGAUGUAGGUCAUCUGGAAAGAGGGAAAGAGGAGAGGUCAUCUCAUGGCAAAGACACCGUCCGAUGUACUGUGCACUUGAACCAAGCACAAACUGUGUACAUACAUGUGAAAUAAUAAGUUACAUUUUAUUUUGUGCUAUACUUCAUACCAAACACAAGAAAUACAAAUCAGGAUGUAAUUCUGCUGCAGCUGCCGCUAAUCUCAUAAUUCCAAAUGUAUAAGAACAGAACAACACGCAAAGAAAAACAUUUCUAAAAAUUCUAGAGUUGUUUGUAAAAUAAAAAAGAAAAUUGUAUGUGAACUUCGAAACGGAUAGCCACGUACAGAAACUUGUAAAGAUAACAAAUUUAAAAAGCUACAAUUACAUUGCAAAUGCUAUAAAACACUUUGAAAAAAAGCAAAAAAGUUAGAGAAAGCAAAUAGCCCAGUGGUCAUGAAUCCGGAGACCUUGGUAGGUCAAGAUGUCAUCAAUGAGUAUCUGAAUACCCAGAGGGUUGGGGAAAGAUAAAGCAGCGAUGGGAGAGAAGAAAGCCUAAAGCCGAAGCUACCUUUCCUUACCCACCAAAAAAAAAGACCCCAAAAUAAAAGGUUACAUGACCUUUCAUGAAGUUAAUUUUUUGUGGCAUUUCUUUCAUUUCAUAACCAAAUUUAGUUUCAUUUAAGCCAGAUGUAUCUAUGUGUGUUAAAAGUAGAAAUAUAAUGCUCAUUUGGAAUGCAUCAUGCCAAUAAAAACUUCAAAAACC